AACAAUUCGAAAUUGUUUCAAUUAAAUAACAACUGCUGUCAGUGUCGCAGUGCGCCUUGGACGACGAACAUGGAGAUUUUUUCUGCUUUAAGCAUUAAGGUACUGGCGGUUCUGGCGCUGUUGGCCGGCACAUGCAGCUCGAAGGAGAGUUUUAUGAUUUUAAGCAUGGACGGGGAAUGGAUUGCGAAAGAAACUAUUGUAGGGUACGAAUUCAAUGCUACCGUUCCUGGUGGAAUUUAUACUGAUCUAAUGAACGCUAAUAUAAUCGAAAAUGUGUUUUUUCGAUACAACGAUAACAGUUCUAGAUGGGUCGGGUACAAUAAUUGGACCUAUUCAAAAAUAUUUACAGUUGAUGCCGACUUACUAAACUACAUCCAAGUAAAUCUAGUAUUCGAAGGAAUAGAUACCAUAGCUCAAAUUAUUCUUAACGAUGUCUUCAUCGCCAAUACAAGUAACAUGUUCCUGAGAUACAUUAUAGACGUCAAGGACUCAUUAAAAGUUGGCACCAAUAAUCUUACAGUUUUCUUUGAAAGUCCCGUUGAAGUAGGUAAAAAGCUCAAUGAUGGACAGCUAAAAGACUAUAAAAUACCUCUAGAAUGCCCAAACGAAGCAUACAGAGGUGAGUGUCAUAUAAACAUGCUUAGAAAGAUGCAAGCUUCAUUUUCCUGGGAUUGGGGUCCCGCAUUCCCUUCUGUAGGUCUAUGGAAACCUGUAUAUCUUGAAUCUUAUAACGAAUCCCUUAUACGUUACGUAGUCACUGACGUAAUAGACAAAGACGAUGACACCUGGUCAUUAAACGUGGACACUUAUUUCGCUAAUAACACUAAGCAGGCUGUGAAAGGACAGUUGAACGUUGCCAUUGAUACAGAUACUUCUAAGGUUACUGAAAUUUAUGUAGUUGAUGUUAAAAUUGAUUCAAACAACGAAAUUGUUCAUUCUGCCUUUAUUGAUAUACCUAAGAACCAAGUUAAGCAAUGGUGGCCUAAUGGUUAUGGUUCCCAAUCUUUAUAUCAGCUUCAAGUUGACUUCCUCGCAGAAGCUGAUGGUACGGCUCAUUCAAAAUCACAAAAAAUCGGUUUUCGGUCAGUUGAACUUGUUCAGGAUGAUUUGGAAAAAGGAGCAACAUUUUACUUUAAAAUCAAUGGAGUUCCUAUUUUCGCUAAAGGUUCUAACGAGAUUCCUAUUAAUGUCCUUCCAGAGGUUGGACAAGAUAAGGACACUAUUAGAUAUCUUUUACAGAGUGCUAAAGAUGUGCAUAUGAAUAUGUUAAGAGUUUGGGGCGGUGGUGUUUACGAAUCUGACAACUUCUACGAGGUAGCAGAUGAACUAGGCAUUAUGAUCUGGCAAGAUUUCAUGUUCGCCUGUUCCCUAUACCCGGUAAAGCAAGAUUAUUUGAACAGUGUAACUGCCGAGGUUAACCAUAACGUUAAAAGAAUUUAUUCCCAUCCCAGUAUAGUAAUCUACGCUGGAAAUAACGAAAACGAAGGUGUCCUAGCCGACAAUUGGUACGAUACUAAAGGAAACUAUGAUUUAUAUAAGAAAGACUAUGUCACACUAUACAUCGACACUAUUAAAGCUGAAUUCGAUAGAGUUACUAAGAAUAGAAGUAUAUACGUUAGUUCUAGUCCUAGUAAUGGUAAAGAAAGUGAAAGUGAGGGUUGGGUGGCUGAACAACCAGGAAGCAGCCUUUAUGGGGAUGUUCACUACUAUAACUAUGUUAAGGAUGCUUGGAGUUCUACAUCUUAUCCAGUUCCAAGAUUUUGCUCCGAGUUCGGGUACCAGUCUUUACCAUUUGAAUUUUCUUGGCUCACAGCCACCAAUAACUCGGCAGAUUUGAGCAUAAACGGCGAGUUUAUGGACUACAGACAACAUCACCCUUUAGGCAAUGCUGAAAUGGAAGUUUUAAUUGUAGAAAAUCUUAAUUUGCCCUCGAAUAGCUCUAACUAUGACAGCGGAUUUAUAUACUUAUCACAGGUCUUAUAUGCUCAAGCUAUAAGAGUCGAAAGUGAACACUAUCGCAGAUAUAGAAGCUACUUAAAUGAAGAUGGCGAAGGAUACACUAUGGGGGCGCUAUACUGGCAACUAAAUGACGUUUGGGUAGCCCCUACGUGGUCUAGUAUAGAUUAUACUGGUAGAUGGAAAAUGUUACAUUACUUCGCCAAAGACAUGUUUAGUCCUGUUAUAGUUACAGGACAUUUAGAUUGGGGUAGACAACUUAACUUAUAUACGGUAAAUGAUCAGUUAAAUCCUGUAGAAGAUGUCACAGUUAUUCUUAGAAUUUAUAAAUAUGACAGUCCUGAUUUCAAGCCUAUGUACGAAAAUCGUACUAAUAUGACUUUGAAUGCUGCAGGAUCUCAACUUAUUCAGACAAUCAGCGUUGACAAUUUCUUAGUCGAUCAAAACUGCGGUGAGGCAUUGAAUGCAAGUCUGAACUGUUUCUUCUAUUUUAUUAUUGAAAAACAAUCGAACACAGGCACCAGUGUAGCUGUCAGUCCUGAAAACUAUUUCUUUCCUGAAAAAUUAAAACAAUCUACAUUGGCAUCGCCUACGGUUAAUAUAACAUCUAUAAAAGCAAAGGAUACAAACACUUAUGAAAUCACUGUGACGACAAAUAAUAUUGCUUAUUUUGUUUGGCUUGAUUCCCAAUCGAUAAAAGGCAGGUUUUCAGAAAAUGGGUUUUUACUAGUUGAAGUUACUAGGACAAUUUGGUUUUACAGCGCUCAAAAUACGACAGCAAGCGAGUUAGAGGCUGUUCUGACUGUUACCCAUCUUAAAGAUCCACGUUGGGCAUAAUAAAUUUAUCAAUGUACAGAUUUUUAAAUAUAAUUAUCUUUAAAUAA